UUUUCAAAACCAUGUGUAAAACAUUUUAGGUGUUUUGGUGAGUGCCAAACUUCUCCCUUCUAUAAACCAGAACCUCAUAGGUUUUCUUUAUUACCAGAUAUAACAAUGGAAGAAUCAUGGAGUACAAGUACAAGUGCAUCUGCCUGCAUAGUUCUCAUAGUGCUUCUUACUCUAACAUGCGCAUGGAGGGUACUGAAUUGGUUAUGGCUAAGGCCAAAGAGACUAGAGAGACUCAUGAGAGAUCAAGGCCUUCAAGGAAACCCCUACAGGCUUUUCAAUGGAGAUUUGAAGCAGAUGAUGAAGAUGCAAAAGGAAGUCACAUCCAAAACCAUGAAACUCUCUCAUGAUAUAGCGCCACGUGUCUUUUCUUAUCAUCUGCAGAGUGUCAUCAAACAUGGGAAGAAUCCUUUUAUUUGGUUUGGACGAAAACCAAGGGUAAUCAUCACAGAGCCUGAGUUAAUCAAAGAUGUACUUAACAAGAUCUAUGCUUUUCCAAAGCCUGACACGAAUCCGCUAGUCAAGUUAGUAGCUACUGGUCUUCUAAAUUAUGAGGGAGAAAAAUGGCACAAGCACAGAAGAAUAGUUAGUCCUGCAUUCAAUAUGGAAAAGUUGAAGAAUAUGUUACCAAUAUUCUUCAACAGUUGCAAUGAUCUAAUUAUCAAGUGGGAGGAGAUGUCUUCAGACGGAUCAUGUGAAAUAGAUCUAUGGCCUUUCCUUCAAAAUUUAACCAGUGAUAUUAUUGCUCGAGCUGCAUUUGGAAGUAGUUAUGAAGAAGGAAGAAGAAUAUUUGAACUUCUAAAAGAGCAAGCACAACUUGCAGCGCAAAGUAUGAUGAAAGAUUACAUCCCUGGAUGGAGAUUUAUACCAACUGCUAUGCAUAGGAGGAUGAAGGAAAUUAACAGAGAAAUAAAAGCUUCACUUAAAGAUUUGAUUAACAACAAAGAGAAAGCACUAGAGGUGGGUGAAACUACUGAGAAUGACUUGUUAUGUUUACUUUUGGAGUCAAAUCACAAGGAAAUUGAAGAACAUGGAAACAGUAAGACUAUUGGAAUGAGUAUUGAAGAGGUAAUCGAGGAAUGCAAGCUAUUCUACUUUGCAGGGCAAGAAACCACUUCAACUUUACUUGUUUGGACCAUGGUGAUCUUAAGUAUGCACCCUGAUUGGCAAGCACGUGCAAGGGAGGAAGUUUUACAAGUAUUUGGAAAACAAAAACCCGAUUUUCUUGUGCUAAGUCACCUUAAGAUUGUCACAAUGAUUUUGAAUGAAGUUCUUAGGCUGUACUCACCAGUAAUUGGCCUUAAUAGAAAUGUUGACGAAGACGUGAAACUUGGAAACCUAUCAUUACCUGCAGGAGUGCAAGUUUCCUUACCAACAAUUAUGGUUCACCAUAAUCCUGAACUUUGGGGUGAUGAUGCCGAUAAUUUCAAUCCGGAAAGAUUUUCUGAAGGAGUUCUAAAGGCCACUGAUGGCAGAGUUUCAUUUUUUCCAUUUGGAUGGGGUCCUAGAGUGUGCAUUGGACAAAACUUUUCCAUGUUGGAGGCAAAGAUGGCUUUGUCAAUGAUUUUACAACAUUUCACAUUUGAACUUUCUCCAGCUUAUGCUCAUGCUCCUGUUUCAGUGCUUACUCUUCAACCCCGAUAUGGUGCUCAUGUCAUUUUACGUAAACUGCAAGUAUAAUAAUGGUAAUAAGCCUUGUUUGAUUUGCAUUUCACUAUUGCAAAGUUUGAAAUGCAAAUUAAUGGCAGUUUGCUGCUUUUAUUUUCUUAAAAUAUGUUACUGCUGACAUGCUUUUAUUGCACCAUUGAAGAACAUAUGUAUUCAAAAUAAGUCAAGUGUUAGAGUCUUGCUCCAGCUUGCAAUUGUUUAUCAUGACAACAGAUGUUGCUAAUGCUUUUGUAUUCUUCUAAUAUAUAUAUAUUGCGACAAUGAAUGUAUGUGGGUUUUUGUAAGACUCAAUCCACACAAUUCGAUAG